AUGGCAAUUUUCAACAUUUUUUCAUCACUAGUGUUUCUCUUGUUCUCGUGCUUUGCAAUAGCCGUCCCGCCGAAAUUCUUCAACGUCGUUCGCUACGGUGCCAUCUCCGAUGGCACCACCGACAACUCUCAGGCAUUUCUCAAAGCAUGGAAAGAUUCAUGUGCAUACAAUGGAAGGAGAAGGUUUUGGAUCCCAAAUGGAAAAUUCUUGCUACGAAAGGCCUCAUUUGAAGGCUUGUGCAAUGGCUCAAUGGCCUUUCUGAUCAAAGGGACCCUCGUGGCCCCCACCGAUUCCUUCUUCACUGACACGUGGAUCGCAUUCCGGUAUGUAUCCGGCCUCAUUGUGAAAGGCGGCGGCAGCCUUGACGGCCAAGGCCAAUCAGCGUGGCAUUACAACGACUGCAAAACCAACUCUAAUCCCAGUGACAUUGAGAUUCGACUUUGUGAGGAACUCCAGGGUUGA